UUGGGUCUACCGAUGGAGCCCCUACAUGGCAGCAGCACCCCCAGCCACCAUGUCCUCCACCCAUCCAGCGCAGAGUGUGAAAACUGGCAGAAGCAUCGAGCGAGAAUGGCCAGAAGGUCGAGCCUGUGUUCCGGCUCCCGCUCCCAUCCGGAGCCCCAGACUCUCUCAAGCAGCCGCGACACCCUCCAUCCCCCCCACGUGCUGGGCCACACCCCGUCUCCGCACCAAAACAGAACGGGCCUCACCCUGGAUGUGACGUCAUCAUUUGAUGUUGAAGGCAGCAUGCUGGCGAUUGACGGAGAACUGCCUAUUAGCCCCAAUGUGAUGAAGAGACGCCGCGGGGGCCUGAUCGAGCAGAAGGACAUCGUGAAGGCCCACCAGGCCCAUAAGAUCCACAGCACACCGCAGGCACGACGCAAGGAGUGGGAAAUGGCCCGCUUCGGAGACGACGUUCCGGGCUUGUUAGGCGCGGGCGACGGCGGCUCGGAGCGCAACAGGAGUCGCGAUGGAGCGGCCGGGUCCACGGGUGGCGUGUCCCCCGCCGCCUUCAAGCAGACCAAAGCGCAGCGCGCCCGCACCAUGGCCUUGUACAACCCCAUCCCGGUCCGGGAGAACUGCUUCACCGUCAACAGGUCCCUCUUCAUCCUGGGGGAGGACAACGUGGUGCGCAAGUACGCCAAGAAAAUCACAGAGUGGCCUCCAUUUGAGUACAUGAUCCUCGCCACCAUCAUUGCCAACUGUAUCGUCCUGGCUCUGGAGCAGCAUCUACCAGGAGAGGACAAGACGCCCAUGUCAAAGAGACUGGAGAAAACUGAGCCCUACUUCAUUGGGAUGUUCUGUUUGGAGGCGGGAAUAAAGAUCAUCGCCCUCGGUUUCGUAUUUCACAAAGGAUCUUACCUCAGAAAUGGGUGGAACGUCAUGGAUUUCAUUGUGGUCCUCAGUGGGAUUCUGGCUGCAGCGGGCGCUCAUAUGAACAUCUCAGUGGAUCUGAGGACUUUGAGAGCAGUGCGAGUGCUGAGACCACUCAAACUGGUCUCAGGCAUCCCCAGUCUCCAGAUAGUCCUGAAGUCUAUCAUGAAGGCCAUGGUUCCACUGCUCCAGAUUGGCCUACUUCUCUUUUUUGCAAUUCUCAUGUUUGCCAUCAUCGGCUUGGAGUUUUACAGCGGCAAACUGCACCAUACCUGCACGCCCCACCCUGGAAUACUCGGAAACGAGACCGUGGACCCUUCUGAGUUGGAGUUCCCAUGUGGCAUGCGUCAGUGUCCAUCUAAAUACACCUGCAGCAACACAUGGAUCGGCCCGAAUGAUGGCAUCACUCAGUUUGACAACAUCCUGUUUGCUGUUCUCACUGUCUUCCAGUGCAUCACCAUGGAGGGAUGGACCACAGUGCUCUAUAAUACCGACGAUGCCUUGGGCCCCAGUUGGAACUGGCUUUAUUUCAUCCCACUCAUCAUCAUUGGCUCCUUCUUUGUCCUGAACCUGGUGCUAGGAGUCCUCUCUGGGGAGUUUGCCAAAGAGAGGGAGAGGGUGGAAAACCGCAGGGCCUUCAUGAAAUUGAGACGGCAGCAGCAGAUUGAGAGAGAACUCAAUGGUUACCGGGCAUGGAUCGACAGAGCAGAAGAGGUAAUGCUUGCCGAGGAGAAUACAAAUCCUGGACCCUCUGCCCUUGAUGCUCUCAGGAGGCUCCCUGAGUGGAGUGCUGGCGGUGCCUAUGUGCUGAAGAGAGCCACUACUAUUAAGAGGAGAGGCAUGGAUACAGCGCAUCACAGGGCGCCAGGGGAGGAACAAUAUGGCGACAUUUCCUCAGUGGGCCUCCCCAUGGCUAGAGGGAGCAUCAGAAGUGCCCGGCGAGGUCCUGCGGCGUAUUUCCGCCGCAAGGAGCGCCUCCUGCGCAUCUCCAUACGCCGUGUGGUGAAGACGCACACCUUCUACUGGACAGUGCUGGGCUUGGUGGCUCUUAACACGCUCUGUGUAGCCAUUGUUCAUCACAACCAGCCCCUCUGGCUGUCUAACUUCCUGUACUAUGCAGAGUUCCUGUUCCUCGUGCUGUUCCUGGCGGAGAUGUUCCUGAAGAUGUACAGCCUGGGCCCGCGCCUGUACUUCCACUCCUCUUUCAACUGCUUCGACUGCAGCGUGAUUGUCGGCAGCAUCUUUGAAGUGCUGUGGGGUUUCUUCAGGCCAGGCACUUCUUUUGGCAUCAGCGUCCUUCGCGCUCUUCGUCUGCUUAGGAUCUUCAAGAUUACCAAGUAUUGGGCAUCUCUGAGAAACCUGGUUGUGUCGCUGAUGAAUUCCAUGAAGUCCAUCAUCUCCCUCAUAUUCCUCCUCUUCCUCUUCAUUGUUGUCUUUGCUCUCUUGGGCAUGCAGCUCUUUGGUGGCAGGUUCAUCUUUGAGGACUACACGCCGACAAACUUUGACACCUUUCCUGCAGCCAUCAUGACCGUCUUUCAGAUCCUGACAGGGGAGGACUGGAAUGAGGUGAUGUACAAUGGUAUUCGCUCACAGGGAGGAGUGAAGACGGGCAUGUGGUCUUCAAUAUACUUCAUUGUCCUCACCUUGUUUGGGAACUAUACUCUGCUUAAUGUCUUCUUGGCUAUUGCUGUGGACAACCUUGCUAAUGCACAAGAGCUCACUAAGGACGAAGAAGAAGCAGAGGCUGCUUUCAACCAGAAGCAUGCUCUCCAGAAAGCCAAGGAGGUCGGCCCCAUGUCUUCCUUCAUGUCCUCAGAGAGAGAGAGGAGAAAGAGAAUGACCAUGUCCGUGUGGGAGCAGAGGACUAGCCAGCUGAGGAGACACCGCCAGAUGUCUAGCAGGGAGGUUUUGUUUGGCAACCCCAGCGAGGAGAAAGACGGACCUCUCCCCGCGGCCCAGUCCGGGCGGCAGCUGUCAUUGCAGCGCAAAGCUAUGCAGAACACGCCACCAGAGGAGGUGAAGCACCUGGACUCACCAUCCAAAAAGCAGGCCUCAGGCGGUUCCAUGGAUCUGUCUGGUGAUACCCGCGAUCCUCCCAUGUCAGCACCGGACCACUCGAGCGUUAGCCCCAAUGAUCCUUCUGAGCCCCUUCCAGAGCCUUCCGAAUCAGGAAAUGGAAAACUGAACGUCGACGAGAGACACAACGACAUGAGCGAGCGAAAGAGUCCCAGGUUGGACGGCGAUCGUCAGCACAGGCCAGUCAAGAAGUUCAGACCACGAGACGGCGGUGACGCCCUCACACCUCAGAUGGGAGGUCACGGUAGGAUUAGAGGCAGAAAGACGCUACAUAGCCAUCAAAAUGGGGGUGACAGAAGUCAAGGAUCAUCUCCUAAAGAAGUAAACCACGAGUUAGCGAGUUGCUCGGCCAGCAAAGAGAGCAGCAGAAAUCCUGGGAAAGUCGAGGACAAGGAGGAGGCGAGUGAGAAGAGAGAGGACUCAAAACUUGAAGAGAAAAGACAGGCUGACCAAAGUUGUGGCGGGAACACCGAGGCACCAGACAACCAUGCAGGUGUCCCAAAGCAGGCAGAUACUCCCCAGGAAGAAGAACCAUGUCCCCUUGUUGUGCCUGAGGGCAACGACGAAGACUUGGAUCAAUCUCAGCUCAGCUCCAGUGUGAUCGUUGAGAUGCCUGACAUGGAAGCAUCUAUGGAGCUCUCCACAAUCACAGUCAACAGCAAGGAACCUGAAGCCUCCAAGUGUGAAAAGGUGGAGCCUGACGAUACUAGACCAGUGAACAUCGUGACGCCUGACAGCAUGUUCAUCUUCAAACCAGACAACCUGAUGCGUCGAGCAUGUCACUACAUAGUGAACCUCAGGUACUUUGAGAUGUCCAUCCUGCUGGUCAUAGCCGCAAGUAGCAUUGCCCUCGCCGCAGAGGACCCCGUAUCAACCACCUCUGACUGGAACAAGGUUCUGCGCUAUUUUGACUACGUGUUUACCGGCGUCUUCACCUUUGAAAUGAUUAUUAAGAUGAUCGACCAGGGUCUGAUCCUCCAUGAUGGCUCGUAUUUUAGAGACUUGUGGAACAUUCUGGACUUUAUAGUGGUGGUCGGCGCUCUGGUGGCCUUUGCCCUCACCAAUGUGUUGGGAAACAACAAGGGAAGGGAUAUUAAAACCAUCAAGUCCUUGAGGGUAUUACGUGUCCUCAGACCCUUGAAGACCAUCAAGAGGCUUCCAAAACUCAAGGCUGUGUUCGACUGCGUGGUGACAUCACUGAAAAAUGUCUUCAACAUCCUGAUUGUUUACAAGCUGUUCAUGUUCAUCUUCGCCGUCAUCGCUGUGCAGCUCUUCAAAGGGAAGUUCUUCUACUGCAACGACAGCUCCAAGGACACAGAGAAGGACUGCCAGGGUUACUAUAUCGACUAUGGGAAGGACAAGAAAGAGGUGAAGAAACGGGACUGGAAGAGACACGAGUUCCACUACGACAACGUCAUCUGGGCUCUGCUGACUCUCUUCACAGUGUCUACAGGAGAAGGCUGGCCUCAGGUCCUGCAGCACUCGGUGGACGUGACAGAGGAAGACAGGGGGCCAAGUCACAGCAACAGGAUGGAGAUGUCGAUCUUCUACGUCAUUUACUUUGUAGUCUUUCCUUUCUUCUUUGUCAACAUCUUUGUGGCUCUCAUCAUCAUCACCUUUCAGGAGCAGGGGGAUAAGAUGAUGGAGGAGUGCAGCCUGGAGAAAAAUGAGAGGGCGUGCAUCGACUUUGCCAUCGGUGCUAAGCCGCUGACCCGUUACAUGCCCCAAAACCGCCACACCUUCCAGUAUCGUCUGUGGCAUUUUGUGGUCUCACCCUCUUUUGAGUACACCGUCCUGGCUAUGAUCGCUCUCAACACCAUUGUAUUGAUGAUGAAGUAUUAUUCAGCCCCGCCCGCCUAUGAAGCAGUACUCAAGCACCUGAAUACAGCGUUCACUGUUCUCUUCUCUGUUGAAUGCAUCCUAAAGAUAAUGGCCUUUGGUUUACUGAAUUACUUUCGGGACACAUGGAACAUUUUUGACUUCAUCACCGUCCUUGGCAGCAUUACUGAGAUUAUAGUCGACUUGCAGUUCGUGGACACAUUCAACAUGAGUUUCUUGAAGCUGUUCCGAGCAGCACGUCUGAUCAAACUGCUGAGACAAGGCUACACCAUCCGGAUCCUUCUGUGGACCUUUGUGCAGUCCUUCAAAGCGUUACCUUACGUUUGCUUGCUCAUCGCCAUGCUGUUCUUUAUCUACGCCAUCAUAGGCAUGCAGGUGUUUGGGAACAUUAAGCUGAAUGAAGAGACACACAUUAACCAACACAACAACUUCAAGUCCUUCUCCGGUGCUCUGAUGCUGCUCUUCAGGAGUGCCACAGGGGAGUCCUGGCAGGAGAUCAUGUUGUCCUGUCUUGGUGGGCAACACUGUGAGGCAGACCCUGCUAACCCUCUGCGGGCCCUGAGCACUGAACAGGAAGGAGGCUGUGGCUCGGAUUUCGCCUAUUUCUACUUUGUGUCCUUCAUCUUCUUCAGCUCCUUCUUGAUGCUUAACUUGUUUGUGGCAGUCAUCAUGGAUAACUUUGAGUAUCUGACUCGAGACUCAUCCAUCCUGGGACCCCAUCACUUGGAUGAGUUUGUCCGAAUCUGGGGGGAGUAUGAUCGAGCUGCCUGUGGUCGCAUCCAUUACACUGACAUGUAUGAGAUGCUGACAAACAUGUCACCACCUCUAGGCCUGGGCAAGAAAUGCCCCUCCAAGGUGGCUUAUAAGAGACUAGUCCUGAUGAACAUGCCUGUGGAUGAGGACAUGUCUGUGCACUUCACGUCCACCCUCAUGGCCCUCAUCCGCACCGCCUUGGAGGUCAAGAUAGCCGGAGGAGGGGAGGAUCGCAAUCAGAUGGACUUGGACCUUCAGAAGGAAAUUAGUAUCAUCUGGCCUCACCUCUCUCAGAAGAUGCUGGCCCUGCUGGUUCCCAUUAACAAAGCGAGUGACAUGACCAUUGGCAAGAUCUAUGCCGCCAUGAUGAUCAUGGACUACUACAAGCAAAGCAAGGCCAAGAAGCUUCGACAGCAGCUGGAGGAACAGAAACAUGCUCCCAUGUUCCAGCGUAUGGACGCCUCCUCUUUGCCACAGGAGAUUAUCUGUAAUGCCAAAUCACUGUCCUUCCUCAGGCACAGUGCAGGAUCAGCUCUCACCAAAGGAGGCUUCGUGGCCCUGAGCCCCAUUUCCCCCCAAGAGAUGAUCUCACAGCAGCGGCCUUGCUCCAAGGAGGGAGAGGAGGAGAGUGAUGAUUACUACUCACCGUAUCACCCUUAUCACUUCCCUUAUCAUCACCAUCACCAUCACCACCAUUUAAACACACUGGUGCCUGACGUAGUGGAGUAUAACCAAGUGAAGCAGCAGUCUAAGCCAGACCCAACAGCCGCCAAAUCACCUCAACACACGUCUUCCAUCAGAGCGUCCUCUAUGCCCAGACUGGCUAUGGAACCUCAGCCUGGAAUGUCAGCAGACAGAAAGCUGAUGAAACGCUCCUUUUCCACUAUCGGAGACCAGUGUGUGAACCGCCUAUGGCAAGAACAACAUUCCCUGGAGAGAGUCAGCCCUGACAGCACGUACAUGCUUCAUCAGAAGAGUUACAGAGGCCUAAGAACCAAUCAAAGCAGUCAUGAGCGAGGGCGCUCCAAAGAACGUCGCCACCUGCUGUCUCCAGACGUGUCCCGCUGCAACUCUGAAGAGUGCAGCCGAGACCCGUCAUGCGAAAGGAGACGCUCCGUCUCGCCUAAAGAAGGACACACUCGCUCUUUGCAGAGACAGUUCAACACCACAGGCAGUCCUGCUCAUUCAGCUCCGGAGUCCAACACCCCUCGUAACCGGCGUCAGCUUCCACAAACCCCCUCCCGCCCCCGUCCUCACAUUUCUUACUCCCCCUUGGUGUGCCAGGAUCAACCCCCCAGCACGCCGGCGCCCCCCUCUGCAGGACCAAGCCCCCACCGGGUCCCGCAAGGCCCCUUGAAGGAGUCGUCCUCGUCCAAUCCGAGUCAUCCUUCUCCCCACCGUUACAUAUCUGAGCCAUACCUUCCAUUCCAUGAGGACCUGAGGGGCGGCCAGGCGGGCCAGAAGCAACAGGAUACCCUGACGUUCGAGACCGCCGUGGCUACGAGUUUGGGUCGGGCCAACGCUAUUAGCUCCGCCCCUCAGCUGAGACACUCCUGGCAGGUCCCUAAUGGGCAUUUCCAGAAGAACUUAGCACAGGGUUUCCCGGCCAACACUGGUGAAUGGUGGCGCGUUCAGGGGAACAUACAGCCGAUGAUACAUGCGCUGGGAGAGAAGACACCGAUGAAACAGUCCUGUCUCCAUGGUGACGAAAGAUGUCCUGCUGUGACAGGCACACAGGAGGUUGGCAUUCCAAAUCAAGAGACCAUCUCCCAGCUAUCAUCCGGACCACUCAACUCUAAAGAUCUGAACGCAAAGGUCAAACCCACAGAGAUAACACCAAGACUGCAUUCGGGAAACAAAAUUUACCCUUUGACCUUUAAAGAAGAAGCUGCAGUGGGAAACAAAGAGAAAAGUUACAAUAAUGAACCAGAAACUUUACUUUUAGAUCCCACGCCUGAAACUAAAUCUGAGAGGGACCUGUGGACAGAAUCCCCCCUUGCAUCUUUGGCUGUUAAGAAGGGCACAUCACUCUCUGAAAAUCUUGAGGCAGCUAUUUCUAGUCUGCACUUUCAGCCCACAGCUCCAGGUCUUCCAUCAGGAUCCCAAUUUGCAAUUUUAGAGAGCACUGAGACAUCACCUUCAGUAGAAACUCCAAUUUUUAGAGCAAAAGGAGACAAUGUGUCCACUGAAAGAGGAACAGAAGAACACGUUGAUGCACCAGUUCCAAACAUUGGUGUUUCUACUCCAAUUCUCAGCAGAAAAGCAUGGAGUAAUCUUGAAGCACCGACUGAGAAAGAUCACAUUAAGAAAGAAGGAGACACAUUGGAAACCGAACCAAAUCCAACAGUCGAAGGCAAAGAUGGUAUUGACGAUGAGGAGCAAGAAAAAAGACAUGUUACAAGCACCGGUUCCAAUUAUAACACAGAUCUGCCCAAGAAAUAUGAUCUGCCAUCAGUAGAAAGAACUCCAGGGGGAGCCAUCCAAUCUUCAAUGAAUACUCCUGAAAAAGUCAACCAGCAUCUUGAACUCACUCCUUCCGGACGAGCACUAAGGCCAGGGCGCCAAGGUCAAAUGGGCUUACAAGGUCCACCAGGUCCAACAGGGCUUCCAGGACCAAAAGGGGACAAAGGCUACCAAGGUGUGAUGGGAAGAACUGGACAGACUGGAUACAUCGGCCCCUUUGGUCCACCUGGGAUGCCUGCUAUUGUUGUAUUUGAAACAUCUGAUGAGGAGUGGGAGGCGUUCAAGAAGAAGAAAUUCUACAUCAAGUUAAUUUCUUCCUGGCCGAAGGUAAAGGGGCCUCCAGGACCUCUUGGACCUCCUGGAAACGCAGGACCAUCUGGGGUGCCUGGGACUAAUGGAAAGCAGGGUCGCAAAGGAGAUCAAGGAAAAAUGGGUGUCCGUGGACCACCAGGCAUGCCCGGGCCCCAGGGCCGACCUGGGAGUGAUGGAACACCGGGGGACGAUGGGGAACCAGGACCACCAGGCUUACCUGGAGAACAGGGACCCCAAGGCUACAUUGGAGAGAAAGGCAGCAAAGGGGAGCCGGGUGAGUGGGGUUAUGAAGGGGAGCCUGGACCACAAGGCGAUAGGGGUGCAAAAGGACACAAGGGGAAGAAAGGUAUCCGAGGCUUUGUUGGACAUCCAGGGUACCUGGGAAUACUUGGAGUAAGGGGUCCUCCGGGUUUCCCCGGACCAUCAGGACCACGGGGAACAAGUGGAGCACUAAGCUUUGGUGGACCACCAGGCCCACAUGGCAAAAUGGGUCCAAAAGGAGCAAAAGGUGUCCCAGGAGUGACCGGACCUCCUGGUCAACAAGGUGAAAUUGGCCUGAGAGGAGCAAAUGGACCACAGGGAGAACCCGGUCCCAAUGGAACAGUUGGCUUUCCGGGGAUACGAGGUCCUCAGGGUAACCCCGGACCUUUUGGACCCCCAGGUCCCAAAGGAGAACCUGGUGGUGCAGGGGAUGAAGGAGACAUUGGAGAACCUGGACCCAUUGGUCUUUAUGGAGCCAAUGGGAAUCCAGGAAUGCAUGGACCCUCAGGUGAUCCCGGAGCUAAAGCAAUAAAGGGUGAAAAAGGUGAUGCGGGUUUUAAGGGAGACCUGGGACCCCAGGGGCCUCCUGGUAAGUCAGGCUUUAAGGGACGUCGUGGCCCAUCAGGAUUCGAAGGACUCGAAGGGCCAACAGGACCAGCAGGACUUGCGGGACCUAGUGGAAUCGAUGGAAGCAUGGGGGAGCAGGGAAAACGAGGCAAAGAUGGACUGAAGGGAGACCGAGGGCGAACAGGGAUUCAAGGAAUACCUGGACCUCGAGGAGACAAGGGUCGCGAAGGUCGAUUGGGAUUUUCAGGGAUGCCCGGACCUUUUGGAGAAAUGGGAAAAUCUGGUGGACCAGGACCAGGAGGAGAACCCGGUAUUAAGGGAAGGCCAGCAGUUCCAGGAAAAAUUGGAGCAAAAGGCUUUAAGGGUUUCCAAGGGCAUUCAGGAGACAGAGGACAAAAUGGAAUCCGUGGAGCCGUGGGUCUCACUGGAACAAUUGGAAUGACUGGGGAAACUGGACUUCCAGGUCCAAAAGGUUUUUCAGGAAAGACAGGAAUAAGUGGCUUCCAGGGACCUGUAGGCAAAAGUGGAGAUGCUGGCAGUACAGGAAUGAAAGGAACACCUGGAAAGCUGGGGAAAAGAGGGACAAAAGGGAAGCAAGGUGCUGGUGGACAAUCAGGGAUGGAAGGAGACAUGGGCAAGAAAGGAGAAGAAGGGUCAAGUGGAAAACCAGGCCCACCAGGCAAGAUGGGCAUGCCUGGACCACGUGGACACACAGGACCUCCUGGCAUACAUGGCAACAUUGGACUGUGGGGUGAGAUUGGACCCAGAGGCCCUCCAGGUAAAAAGGGGCCACAAGGGCCAGUUGGUGCCAGUGGAGUCAGAGGUUAUCCUGGCAACAAUGGACUUCAAGGACCAACUGGCCCACCUGGUGUAAAAGGGGGCAAGGGAUCCAAAGGGCCUCCAGGAGAGGGGGGACCUGCAGGGCUCGAUGGUGAGGAGGGUCCAGUCGGACUCAGGGGGACUGAGGGACCACCCGGACUAAAAAGCGUACCGGGUGAUAAAGGCAGCAAAGGACCUCCAGGUCAGAGAGGAUUGAAGGGAUCUGAAGGUGACCGUGGUGUCAGAGGUCCCCCGGGAGUGAAGGGUGCUCCAGGGAAACAGGGUGAUACUGGUGUGCAAGGGGGCAGAGGUGGACAGGGAUUGUCUGGACUCAAAGGUCAACUAGGCCAGAGGGGUCCCCAAGGAAUACUUGGACAGUUUGGACCAGCAGGAGAUACCGGAAAACAAGGAGCAAAAGGACAGAAAGGUCUUAUGGGACAAAAAGGGCCCCUUGGCCGCAUGGGUACCCCUGGACUUAUUGGGCCAUCCACACCAGGUUUUCCAGGCAAAGCAGGUCCUGACGGAAUAUCUGGGAAUACUGGCCUAAAGGGCAGUGAAGGAAAGAAAGGUCAUUUCGGUCCUCCAGGCGUCAAAGGAGACAUGGGAAUAAUAGGUGAAAAAGGGGCAAAAGGAUAUCCUGGAAUACAGGGAACAACGGGAAAAAUGGGACGUCUGGGCUUCAUUGGGCCACCUGGUUCCAAAGGUCAACCUGGACCUGCUGGUCCUCCUGGUACGCAUGGAAAUAAAGGGAUUCAAGGGACAACAGGAUGGUCAGGUCAGCCUGGAAACAAAGGAAACAAAGGAGCCCCUGGACAAACUGGACUUGAAGGCCCACGAGGGAAGCCUGGACCUGCAGGGAGACCUGGAAUACCAGGUCUAAAUGGUUUGGACGGUCUACAUGGGGUUCAGGGUAAUGAAGGAUAUCCAGGUCAAAUUGGGUACACAGGAAGUCCUGGAGCACCGGGGAGGCCUGGCAAAAAGGGUACCCCUGGACCACCUGGGAUCAUAGGGAACAUUGGAGCACAAGGCUUGAGGGGUGAAACUGGACCACCAGGAGAGACAAGUGGACCGCGUGGACCAAUAGGGCCACUGGGUAUCCCCGGACUGACAGGACAGAAGGGUGAUGCAGGAAAAAGUGGUCACAAGGGUUUUCCAGGUGAAAGAGGGAUGCAGGGGCCAAUUGGUCCACCAGGAAUAAAGGGGAAUACUGGUCAUCAGGGCGCAAAAGGUGUAACAGGUCUUACUGGGAAGCAGGGAGAUACUGGUCCUCGUGGUCCGCCCGGACUAAAAGGCUCCCCUGGACAAUUUGGUCAGCUUGGACAGAAGGGAAUGAAAGGUGUCCAAGGCACCAGUGGUCCUAAAGGGGUGAAAGGAAAGCAAGGAAACCCGGGAAUAUCAGGUUUACCAGGAAAUUACACACCUAAAGAAGGAAAAGGAUCAAAUGAUGGUGAUAGACCCAGUGAGACGUCUGAAUCCUUAACAAGAUCUAGCACAUCCGAGUCUGAACACAAACUGCUGCAGAACCAACAUAGACAACAAAAACAGCAUCGUCCAGUGAAAGCUGAACCUGGAGAAUCUCUAGACGAUGAAGCUGAUGAAGCUUUCAGUUGGCCUCAAGGAACCAAAGAUGACCCUGGCACCACUUGCUAUGAGCUAGGACUUAUACACCCACAUCUGAAUGAUGGUUACUUCUACAUGGACCCCAACCAAGGUUGUCCUUAUGAUGCUCUGAGAGUGUUUUGUAACUUCACAGCAGGAGGAAGCACCUGCAUUGACCCAAUGCAAUCAGAGAUAACAUGGAGGUGGUAUCCAGGAAGGUACAAAUCAUCAGUUCAAUGGUUCAGUCAUCAACAUGGCAGUGACAAGUUUAGGUACCCUGGUGUGGAUGUUGUCCAGCUGAGGUUUCUACGGUUACACAGCCACACAUCUUUUCAGCGUAUAAUUCUCAGUUAUACAGCAAACAGGACCGCGAUGGAAGGCACCAGCAACCAUAUCCACUUUCUGGGGGAUUCUCGCAAAGAGAUAGAUUCACGCCAUACCAAAAUAUCCACAAUAGAACAUAAGGUGGAGGUAGUAGUGAGGGUUCAGGGCAGUACGGAGCUACAUCGAGGUGAUAUGCAGGUUCUUCCUAUAAGAGAUCUGGGUAUAAACAUAUCAGCACUAUGGAUGCAGGUGCAUGAGGUCCAAGCAGUCGUGGGGCCACUCUGCUUCUUGUGACUAAUGUGUGUAAAUGAGCGUGUGCUGUUUGCAUGUCUGUGUCUUGUAAAUGAUUAAAUAUAGCGGGGAUGUACGGUGUCUAGACAAUGUACAUUAGUGCUGCACUUCAUUUUGUUCAUACAGUAUUUAUUGAAUUAAAAUUGUUAUAGGUGGAUACAGAAGAGUGAGCCUAUAUUGUAUGAAAGGUUCGUUGCAUUCAGUUGUGUGUGUGUCAUUGUUUAUAUAAAUAAAAAUGAUCGCUUGAAAC